AUGGCGUGCAUCACAUCGUCUGAACCGACUCAAAGGUCGUCGAGUGCCAUUCCUUUCAAGAGGGAGAGACGUCGCUCGAAAGCCCGUCGAUGUUGGUUUGGUUGUAUUUGGUUUUCACGGGUUUCGCUUUUGGGGAGCUCAUCAUCAUCAUCUAGUCCGGAACCGGAAGAGCACAUGACUGUGAUGGAUAGAAUUACAAAUAUGCUCAACGAGAAGCCCAUCAAAAUGGGGAAUAUGCUCAAAGUGGCCAAAUUUACGAACAACUCGACUAUUGACGAGAAAUUAACAAUGUUUAAUUGCGGUAUUCUUCAUUCAAUUCUCGACUUGAUUGCUGAAAUGGCGACGACUGAAGUUAGCGUGAUCAUUACUGGACAUGGGGGGAAACGCGAAGGAAAAAGGCGUCAUCGUCGAAACUCGUCGACUUCAUUGAGUCAUCGCGGAAUUGGAUACGGAACGGGAUCGACUCGCUCGAAAUGGGACAUUGAGAGAACCGUUGAGGAGAAGCUCGCACGCGAAGAGCAUCUGACAUGGCUCCUCAACGCAUUCAACGCUUAUUUGGUAUCAUGGCCGCUGGGAGAUAGCCUUACUACUGUAAACGACACCUCAUUUAUCACACCGGGAACUGUCAAGCUUAUCGUCGAAUCGAAACUCAUCGGGAUUUUAGAAACAAAUUUGAGAAAUGAUAGUAUUUUUGAUGUCAUCGAGCAUAUGGAGCUCUACCAGUCCUUCAUGGAAACUGUUGCAUGUAUGGCUUCGAUCACAGAAUUCAUCCCAUAUCUGAUCAAGCCAUAUAAAGAGAACGCCAAAUCGAUCGCUAAGGAACUGAUCCCAGCGUUCCGAAAAACCGUUGCCGGAUAUGACGAUCGCUGGAAGAAUCAAAUGGGAUCAGCUGACUUCCGCAUGGCUGAUUUUGUCGCAAAGGUCGAAACACUGUCUGUGUUCAUAAUAAAUGCUGCUGAAAAGUAUGAAAGCACUCUUCCUGAGGACAAGCGCAUGACAUUUGGAACACGUGAAUCCGAGGAGGAUAGGAAAAGUAUCAUUAAUGUUCUUGCUGGCGAAACUGAUGCCGAUGAUGUUACUUAUCGGGAGAACAUGAAAGAGUUACAAUUAACUACCUAUAGAUUUUAUGGUGAUUUUGGUAAAUUGAUUGUUCCAUACUCGUUCAAGAAGGAUUCUAAGAAUAUUAAUCCAUUCUCUCCGGCGUUACGAGAUAGAACUAAGAGAAUUGCCAAAGAAUUGGCUUCAAUGGCUACUGCGCUACCGCUAAAUGCGAGCAAUAGCAUUUUCAUCACUGUCGAUGAGUCGCGAUGCGAUAUUAUAAAAGCACUUAUUUCCGGUCCAGAUGAUACUCCAUACGCGAAUGGGCUCUUCGAAUUCGACAUCUUCUUUCCCACUGGCUAUCCAUACUCUCCGCCAAAAUGCGCGUUUUUGACAACUGGCGCUGGAAAUGUUCGAUUCAAUCCAAAUUUAUACAAUGAUGGUAAAAUCUGCCUUUCGAUUCUUGGAACUUGGGAGGGAAGACCGGAGGAGAAAUGGAACGCUUAUUGUUCGCUCAUGCAGGUGUUGGUCAGCAUUCAGGGUUUGAUUUUUGUGAAAGAUCCAUAUUUCAAUGAGCCGGGAUUUGAGAAAUAUCAAGGAACUGACAAAGGGCAAGAUUAUUCCCGAAAGUAUAACAUGCAAAUCAAGCACGCAACAUUGAAUUAUGCGAUUAGGGAGCAAAUGAGAAAUCCGCCAGAAUACUUUAAAGAAGUUAUCCAAAAGCAUAUAUGGCAGAAACGUCACGCUAUAAGCAGUCAGGCGCAACAAUGGCUGGAUGAUCUUCGUCGCGAUAUUGCCGACGAAAAACACUUGAAAAAGAAGGAGACUAUCACGUUUGAAAGUGGAUGUAAUCCGUUCCAACAGGAGCGCAUCAUUCAGCAAUUGAUUCAAGAGAUUGAGAAAAUGGAGAACCCAUUCGAUCAAAGUAGUCAAUUUUAUUAA